AUGGUAUCAUCAUCACACUUGGAAGUAAUCAAUUGUAUUGAUUUCAAUCAGACAGGUUCCUGUAUUUCGAUUGGAACAUCUAAGGGCUAUGCAAUAGUCGGUAGUGAACCAUAUAGAAAGUUAUGCUCUGAUCAAGUGGGGGAUCUUUCCAUAGUAGAAAUGUUGUACUCCACUUCCAUCCUCAUAACUGUAGGUGCAGGUGGUGAUUAUUCAUCAUCUCCAAGAAUAUUACAGGUACUUAAUCUGAACACGAAAUCAAGUAUAUGCGAACUGAGCUAUCCAAGUACAAUAUUAUCUGUGCGUCUCAACAACGAACGGCUUGUAGUGGCUUUAAAAAGUAGUUUUUAUAUUUAUGAUGUUACUAACAUGAAGCUAUUGUAUAAAAUUAGUAAGAUUUAUAAUCCCAAAGGUCUCUUAUCUAUCAAUUCCUCUACAAAGGGCCAGUUUUUAGCAUAUCCAUCCCAUUCAUUAAAAAGUAACAGUAGGAACCCUGUCAUCGAGUCCCUAAAUGAUAAAGCUGUUUCAGAGGCCAUUAAACUGAGAGCUGUAAACUCCGAAAACUUUCAGAUGGCAGGGAACGGAGACGUUGUUAUAUUUGAUUUGCUUAAGUUACAACCUAUAAUUGUUAUAGAAGCGCACAAAAGGCCUAUUUCAGCAAUUCUACUGAGUUCAGAUGGUAAGUUACUUGCCACUGCGUCUGAAUUGGGAACGCUUAUUCGAAUAUUUGACACUACAAAUGGCCAAAGAUUAUAUCAAUUUAGGAGGGGCACAUAUCCAAGUAGAAUAGCAUCUAUGUGUUUCAACGAGGAUUCUAAAUUUUUAGCAGUUUUAAGUGUAAGAAAUACUGUGCACGUAUUCCAUUUGACAAACUAUACUACGAGUUCACCUUUUUCUGAACCACAGAAAAGCUCUGAAGAACAAGAAAAAGAUGUAAAUACACUACGAAUGAAUUUCGAAUCUCAAUAUGACGAUUCACAAGAAAGAAGCAAGUACGGUUCAUCCAUUAACGUUAUUCCGGUGGGCUUAGUAUCCCCUGUUGAACCUGGCUCUGCCAACGAUAAUAAUAAUAAAAAUAAUAAUAAUAAUAAUUAUAAUAAUAAUAAUAAUAAUAGUAAUAGUAAUAGUAAUAGUAAUAGUAAUAGUAAUAGUAAUAGUAAUAGUAAUACUAAUAAUAAUGAUAAUGAUGAUGAUGAUGAUGAUGAUGAUGAUGAUGAUGAUUUUGAGCAUGACUUCGUAAUUUUAGAUGAUAAUGACAAGAUGCGUAUGUAUAAUUACCAGAAAGAAACUCUGGCCAGCGCCUUUAAAGCUUCGUCCAAGAAGCUAUCAAGAGAAGCCGGUAAGCAGAUAAGUAAUCUUUUCUCUGGCAGUCAAAACUCGAAGAACUUUGCAGAAUCUUCGGAAAAAGCAAAGAGACAUUUUGCAUUCUGCAAAUUGCCAAGAGAUAUUAAGUACCUCAACCAAGCAUCCAUUUUUAUUGAUAGAGAAGUGGAGAUAUCAGAAGAAGAAUAUGCGGAUUUAGUACCAGAUACUAAUUAUUCCGCGCAGACGGUUAAUAAUGCUGUAAAAAUGAUGCCAUUGAGAGUGGUCUCCGCAGACGGUUAUCUCUACAAAUAUUUAUUUGAUCCCGUGGAAGGAGGAGAAUGUAAGUUACUGUCACAGUUUUUCCUGAUGGAUAAAUAA